AUUUGACGUGUGAAUUUCAAGAAGUAUUUUUUUAUAUAAAUAGAAUUGUUACUAAGAUGCCGGACGAAGUACAGCAGACAUUUGUUCGUAGCUUUAUUGACUACCUGAAGAAACAAAUCGAUUCACAGGCAUUUUCUCCAGAUGCCCAGGAGAGCUGUGAAGUGGCAAUUCAAUGUCUGCAGGCAGCCUUUGAUCUGGGCGAAGAAGAAGCGGUGGCAGAGGAACAGUCACAGACAACAGCAGCGCCGGCUGGCGAAGCCGGUGCCACAGAGGCAUCGAGCACAUCAAAAGUAAAUGCCAAAGAGGUGAAUCUUUACGAGCUGUUCGAAAUGCACUAUGUCGAAAGGAAUCCAGAAAUUUUGAAAAUGACAGAGGCCAUUAAGAACGAAGGUAAUCGCCUGAUGAAGGAUGGCAAAUACAAUGAAGCCUUGCUGCAGUAUAAUCGUGCUAUCACCUACGAUCCCAAGAAUCCGAUAUUCUAUUGUAAUCGUGCUGCGGCCUAUAUUCGUUUGGGUGAUAAUGAAAAGGCCAUUACCGAUUGUAAAUCUGCCCUCGUAUAUAAUCCCAGUUAUGGUAAGGCCUAUGGACGUUUGGGUAUUGCCUACUCCAACUUGGGCAAGUACGAAGAGGCCCAACAGGCAUAUGCCAAGGCUAUAGAAUUGGAACCCGAUAAUCAAGAUUAUCGCAAUAAUUUGGAGGUUGCCCGUAAUGCCCGCAAUCAUGUCGGUGCAAAUGUGAUACCCAAUCUUCAAGAGGGUCUCAACGCAAUGAUUUCCAAUCCUGCCAUUCGUAAUUUGUUCAGUAGUGCCGAAAUCGAUUUGGAACAAUUGCAGUCAAUGACACAAAAUCCCAUGGUCAUGAAUACCAUUGGUCAAUUGUUCUCGGGAAUGCAAGGUGGUGGUGGCGGUGCUGGUGGCAUCGGAGGUCUUGGCGGUUUGGGUGGCGGCGCGGGCGGUGUUGGACCCAUGCCCAAUGAUAUGUUACAAUUGUUCCAAGGUUUUGCUCAACAAUUGGCGGCCGCAAGUCAAGGUGGUGCUGCUAAUACGGGCAACAAUCAAAACUCUUCAUCGAAUAAUGAUCAACAGCCACCACCAUCAUCAAAUUAA